UGCACCAUCUAUGAACCAUCUAGUUUAGAUAAGGAACUCCAAUGUCCUAAUGAAGUUAGAACCGUUAGUAAUGGCAAUAUCAAUAGUUCUGGUGAUAGUUUGGUUUUACAGAAUGAGAGUCAAAAUGGUAUAAAAGUUGAAAUUGGUCAAACAAGCGAGCUAAAUUCUCUUGUAUUAGAAGAUGCUAAUCUGUUGAAAUCAAACUCUUCAGUCUGCUCAAAAUCUAAUGCUCAAGAACAAUCUGGGGGUAUCCGACCUAUUGAACAUUGCAAUGUUGAAAAUUGUAGUAGUAAUGUGAACUUCCAGCAGAGAAAUUCAUAUAUGACCGAAAACUGUCAAUCUGGGGAAAGUGAUGAUGAAGAGAUAGACUCCGAAGAUGUGAAGGUUAAGAGAAAUUCUACGAAGAGGGUCCUCGUAAAUAAGGCACCGCCUAUUCUGACUAUUCACUUGAAGAGAUUUUGUCAAGAUGUUCGUGGUCGCUUAAGUAAAUUGAAUGGUCAUGUCAAUUUCAGAGAAACAAUCAAUCUUAGACCAUAUGUUGAUCCCAGGUGCAAAGAUGCAGAUGAUUGCAUUUACAGUCUGGUCGGGGUCGUGGAGCAUUAGGGAACAAUGAGAGGGGGUCACUACAUUGCAUAUGUGAGAGGGGGA